CUGGGGUGGUGGGCCUGACUCCAGGGGUGGGAAAACCCCAAUUUCAAGGACGCGGUGGCACUUUGAGCUUUUCCAAUCUGAACCAGGUGUAUGGAAGGAAGCAACUGCUGUCUCCCGGCUUGAACAGUGAGCAGUGGUUAUCAAACUUUAGUGUCCUGUAGGGACACCUGGGAGGUUGUCAGAAAUGCUCAUUUUAGGGCCCCGCAUCAGACAGACUCUAAGAUUCUGAGGUAGAGGUUCAGAAUCUUCAGUUUAACCAGGUAGCCAGGUGAUUCCAAUGCAGGUGGUUCACGGACCACACUUUGAGAAACGCCGACUGCAGUGUUUUCCUUCCUAAGCUAGAACCGGGACAGGCAUUUUGGAGAGAACUCACCACACUUUUCAAAGAAUGUGUGUUCUUCACUUCUCAGUGUUCUGGUGUAUGUAUACAUGAAGUGUUGGACAAAGACAAAGUGUCUCAGUUUUGAAGAUAACUGCUUAGCAAAGGAGAGAGUAAUUUGAGCAUUUGAAGCUGCCUGCUGAGGGGGUUGUGAAUUUUCUCUUUUAAAGCCUCAGAGGACUUGUAAGUGGAAUAUAUCUGCUUUUGGAUUUGCACCCACAAAGCUAAGACGCUUUGAGACAUGUUCUUGUAAAAUCUUGCUGAUGACAAUAGUAACAGGUUAUGCUUCUCCUAGGGAUGUCACUUCCUUAGAAUUGUGAUGGAGCAAGGUUAUGAUGCAGAUAGCAUAGUCGUGUAUUGACAUGCUGUAGUUUAUAUAUAAUUGCUAUAAUUCACUUUUAAUGAUGAAUGGAGCUCAGCCUUCUAAUCUUUCAUUUUAUGGGGAAGUAAGUGAGGUUCUUGCCUCAAAGGUGUUGUGCAAAGGAAGAUGAAUACGUGUUGGGAGUUGAUAAACCCUACGGUACAUCUUUUUAUUUCUUGGAGCCUGUAAAACUCGAGUUACUGAUUUCCAAGAACUACAGAUGUUUUGUCCAUAGAUGUAUUUUCACUGGAGUUCCUGAUUUGCUCAAGGAACAGACAUAGCAGUUGUCAGUAUGUGGAAGUUUUGUGUUUCUGUUUAAUUUGGUUGGGCAUGUGAAAUUUGAAGAUUUUGAAGUUCCUAAAUAUUUUUUUCUGAUUCAGUCAAAAUCAGACGUUUUUGGCUAACUUUCAGGAUAUCUUGGAGAUUUCAGGACUUCUCCAACGUUGCUUCACCUGGAAACAAAUUUAGGCCUGAAAGGGAGUAGGGGAAAGCCAAAAGGAUGUAUCCUCUUUCUCCUCGAGUUCAAGUCUUGGGUGUUCAUUGAAACCCUCUUCUGAGUUCUUGUUAUGCAGGUGUUUAUGACUCUGGGCACCCAAAGGUAAUUUGCUUGCCAGACUUUUACUUGUUAGAGCGAGGUGAAAGUACUUUUAAAUCUUGUGUUAUUUAUGUCCUGACAAAAUUCUGAAGUCCAUUUGUCUCAAAAUUCCCUUGGCUCUUACUAGUAGUUGAAAGCCUCUUUAGGUGUUUGAAUUUGCCGUGAUCUCAACUCCACCAUUCAGGUUGCUAUCUCUGUUUUAUCAUUGAAUUACCUUCAUGCCAGAUUUUCAUUAAAAAUAGGAAUUACUUUAUGGUGCAUUUUACAUGGGAAAGAGGACUCAUGAGAAUGUGGUGUGUAGUUUCGUGUGUCUUUUUAUGUGUCUUGAAGUUUUCUUGCCUUUGAAUGGGACUUGUUAAAUUAAGGGGAGAGUUUUUAGAGUCCUCUCCCCACUUUCUUACUGGAAAGUUUGUGAGUGCUACACCAGACAGCGAAGCCGAAGCCGGACUGGGAGCAAGUUGUAGGGGUAGGGCGGUUGGGCCACCUGAACACUUCUCUUGGGACAGGGGAAUUUGGAGUGCUUGUUAUGGCAAUCAGAUGCAUUUGCUUGGGGGCAGUUUCAGAUUGCUCCUGGCCUUCUUCAGAUUGGCGGCUAGGAUAAUACUGGUAGCCUUAAAAAAAAAAAAUUUUUUUUUUCUCACGCCCUCCAGUAAAGAGGCAAAUUCUGAAGAAUUUCAGUAGAACAGUGUAGUGUACUCCAGGAGAUGGAUUUUUGCACAUGUUAAUUAUGUUGUUGAGAAGUACUAGAUGUUCUUCUUCCAAACAUUUUAGAGUUUUUUCUAGAUGUAAGAAGUAGACUUUAGGAGGUUGGGUGGGUAUAAAUCCUCCUGCUGUUAAGUUAGGAGCAACUUGUUUGGGAGAAGAUAGCCAAGGGGAUUUCCCUUCAAAUUGAGUGCCCUUAAAUGGAUUCUCUCUGGCUUUGAGAAACUCUGCAUUGCAUGCUCUAUCUUUCACUUUGAUUCAUGACUGACCAUUCUUACAUCAAACAUUUUUUUCCCUUUGAAGUAGGAGAAGCGAUACUUUAAAAAGAAAUAGUGUGCUUUUUUUUGUACAUUAGAAAUAAAACACUGCUGAAUUGUUCUUAUACUAAAAGUUGGGUGCAUACAGAGUUUUAAUAAAAGUGAGUACUUUGUAUCUUUUGAUGUAACUUCCUUUUAGAGAUUUUGAUUCCCUUGCUUUAGAUUCUCAGGGCCUUCCUGACUGCUGCUUAAAUAACUGGUAGCUAAUUUUUCAGUCAUGCUUCUUAAAAAACAAAAACAAACAAAAAAACUCCACCCUACAAAAAUUCUCUAGCUCAGCUCACACUUAAUUAAGUGUCAAAGAAAUGAUAUCUUGUGGCAGCGAACACUAGUAGCUUACAAAACCACUGCCGUCGAGCCGAUUCCGACUCAUAGCGACCCUAUAGGAUGGGUUAGAACUGCCCCGAAGAGUUUCCAAGGAGGAUUCGAACUGCCGACCUUUUGGUUAGCAGCCGUAGCACUUAACCACUACACCAGCUUAAAAAAAAGUUUUUUUAUACAGGUUUUAUUGUGGGUUUGGUUAAGUCAACAUUGCAUAUCUUGGUACUUGUUAGAUUCUUGGAUUACAAAGAUGGCUGAGGCAUGCUCCUGAGGAGCUUUUGGUUUUCUAGGGGAGGGGAGGAUCCAUACACAUAAAUAGUAUUUCAUUACAGGCAUGAUAACUGCCAUCAGAGAUGUAUACAAUAGGGUAAACAGACAUCCUGGCUCCUGCCUGUUGUCCUUUCACUCUCCAUUGUCUUGGUUUGAAAGAUAAAUUAUAUGUGUUGUGAAACUGUGGGGACACUGAAAAGAGACAUUUAACUCUGCCUGGCAGAAACCAGAGAAGGCUUCCUGGAAGAAGGUGUUUUCUGAGCUGACUUAUGAAGAGUGAGUAGGAGUUAGCCUCAUCACAGAGGACAUGAACAGGAGCUGGUGACAAGAAAGAUCACUGGGGUGUGUGCGUGUUUUGUAUGUAUUUGCAGGGCAGAGAGUGUGAGAGUGGGGUAGAACUACAAGUAGUUAUUGGAGCAUAAAAUUUGUAGGGUGUCAUUUUGGCAAUCAGGCAGAGACCAGAUUUUGAGGGUCUUGUGUGCCAUGCCACUGAACACCUACUCUGUGCCAGGCACUGUAGGGAUGGGCACUUACAUUAUCUCUAAUCUUGUAAAACAGCUCAGAGGAAGUCUUUAAUAUCCUUCAAAAGUGAGGUAACCAGGGCUCCAGUUGGGUAGGUAACUUGCCCAAGAUUUGAAGGCCAGAAUUUGAAUCCAGAGCUGUCUGGUUCUAAAGCCUGUGCUUUUCCAGUGUACCAUACGGACUCUGGGACCUUCCACUCUGCUGUAUGUGAUCAGGGAGAUGUUAAAGGAUUUUAAAGCAGCAAAGCGAUAGGACAGGUUUGCUUUGUUGGGGUGACCUCAAGCUGUAGCUCUGUCAGAGCAGAGAUUUGGUCUUGUUUAAUGAUGAAUCCCUAGAAUCCUGCCUGGCACAGAGUAGGUGCUCCAUUUAUUUGGUGAAUGAAGGAUGGUAGCAGAGGAAGAAUGUGUUUUGAGGAAGGCAGAGCUGGAUACAGGCAUAAUCAGUGAAGAGUCUCUUGUGUUGGGUCAGGUAAGAGACUGAGUGGGAUCCUCGGAGACAGGUGAGAGUGAAGGACGAUGCUUUGGUUUCUGAUUUAGGUGAUGACUGGACACACUGCCAACCAAGGUAGGAUAGUAGAAAAAGAGCAGAUCUGGAGGUUGGCAAUUCGAGUCUACCCAGAGUCCCUGUGAGUUGGAAUCGAUUCAGCGGCAACUAGUUUUAGAGUCCCUGGGUGGUGCAAGAGCUGGUUUUAGAGCCCCUGGGUGGUGGUGCAGGCAGUUAAGCUCUUGCCCACUAACCGAAAGGUUGGUGGUUCGUGUUCGCCCAGAAGCACCUCGGAAGAAAGUUCUGGUGAUCUGUUUCCAGAAACUCAGCCACUGAAAACCCUGUGGAGAAGAGUUCUCCUCCGACACACACGGGAUUGCUGGGAGUCAGAACCGGCUCGCUGGCAGCUGGCUUACUGACGACCGAGGGGGCGUGUCCAGAACCGGCUCGAUGGCAGCUGGCUUACUGACGAUCCAGGGGGCGUGUCCAGCACAGAAUUAAACGUUUGGCUCUGAAGCUUGGGGAGAAGUCAUGGUAGAGGUUUGAGAGUUAAUCAGUAUUUACGUGGUAGUUGAAACUGUAAGAGAGUAUCAUGUUACCCAAGGAGGAUAUGAAAAUUGAGAAGAAGGAAGCUCAGAAUGGGACCGUGGUAUUAGAAAACUACUCGGAUGCUCCAAUGACACCAAAACAGAUUCUGCAGGUCAUAGAGACAGAAGGACUAAAGGAAAUGAGUGGGACGUCCCCUCUGGCAUGCCUCAAUGCCAUGCUACAUUCCAAUUCAAGAGGAGGAGAGGGGCUGUUUUAUAAACUGCCUGGCCGAAUCAGCCUUUUCACACUCAAAAAGGAUGCCCUGCAGUGGUCUCGCAGUCCAGCUGCGGUGGAGGCAGAGGAGCCAGAGGACACAGCUGACGUGGAGAGCUGUGGGUCUAAUGAAGCUAGCACUGUGAGUGGUGAAAAUGAUGUGUCUCUCGAUGAAACAUCUUCAAAUGCUUCCUGUUCUACAGAAUCUCAGAGUCGGCCUCUUUCCAAUCCCAGGGAUAUCUACAGAGUGUCCUCUCAGGCAAACAAGCAAAAGAAAAAGACUGGGGUGAUGUUGCCUCGAGUUGUCCUGACUCCUCUGAAGGUAAACGGGGCCCACGUGGAAUCUGCAUCAGGGUUCUCAGGCCGCCAUGCUGAUGGCGAGAGCGGCAGCCCAUCCAGCAGCAGCAGCGGCUCUCUGGCCCUGGGCAGCGCUGCUAUUCGUGGCCAGGCCGAGGUCACCCGGGACCCUGCCCCGCUCCUGAGAGGCUUCCGGAAGCCGGCCACAGGUCAAAUGAAACGCAACAGAGGGGAGGAGAUAGAUUUUGAAACACCUGGGUCAAUUCUUGUCAACACCAACCUCCGUGCCCUGAUCAAUACUCGGACUUUCCAUGCCCUGCCGUCUCACUUCCAGCAGCAGCUCCUCUUCCUCCUACCUGAAGUGGACAGACAGGUGGGGACAGAUGGCCUAUUGCGUCUCAGUAGCAGUGCACUGAAUAAUGAGUUUUUCACCCAUGCAGCUCAGAGCUGGCGGGAACGCCUGGCUGACGGUGAAUUCACUCAUGAGAUGCAAGUCAGGAUACGACAGGAAAUGGAGAAGGAAAAGAAGGUGGAGCAAUGGAAAGAAAAAUUCUUCGAAGACUAUUACGGACAGAAGUUGGGUUUGACCAAAGAAGAGUCACUGCAGCAGAACUUGGGCCAGGAGGAGGCUGAAAUCAAGAGUAACUUACGUGUCCCAGGAGAAUCGGCAAGGCCACAGCGCAGUCUGGCUACCCGGCAGCGCGAUGGGCAUUUCAAGAAACGAUCUCGGCCAGAUCUCCGAACCAGAGCCAGACGGAACCUAUACAAAAAACAGGAGCCGGAACCAGCAGGGGCUGCUAAGGACGUGAAAUCUGUGGCGCCAGACAUGCCACUCUACAAGGAUGGAGAGGCUAAGGCCGACUCGGCGGGGGUGAGCAAUCCCCACCUGCCAGGCAUGUCCUCUCCAGCACCCGGCCCAGAGGGUCCCGAAUUCCCAGCUGAAUCUGCGGCUUCUCGAAUCCAGACCGAGCCAGAUGACUUGGCAUGUGCCUCUUCAGCUCCAGACAGAAUUCCCAGCUUGCCUCAGGAGACUGUGGAUCAGGAGCCCAAGGACCAGAAGAGGAAAUCCUUUGAGCAGGCGGCCUCUGCGUCCUUUCCCGAAAAGAAGCCCCGGCUUGAAGAUCGUCAGUCCUUUCGUAACACAAUUGAAAGUGUUCACCCCGAAAAGCCACAGCCCACUAAAGAGGAGCCCAGAGUCCCGCCCAUCCGGAUUCAACUUUCACGUAUCAAACCACCCUGGGUGGUUAAAGGUCAGCCCGCUUACCAAAUAUGCCCCCGCAUCGUCCCCAUCACGGAUCCCUCCAGUCGGGGCCGGGCUGGUGCCAGGACCCUCGCAGACAUUAAAGCCCGUGCUCUGCAGGCCCGAGCCCAGCGAGAGGCGGCCACCACUGCCAUCGGAGGGGGGGGUGGCCCGGGUGGAGGUGGCAGCGGGGCCACCGAUGAGGGAGGUGGCAGAGGCAGCGGCAGUGGUGAUGGUGGUGAGGCCUGUGGCCACCCUGAGCCCAGGGGAACCCCGAGCACCCCUGGAGAGUGUGCGUCAGAUCUACAGCGAACACAACUACUGCCGUCUUGUUCUCUAAAUGGAGAGCAUUCCCAGGCUGGGACUACUGCAUCUGGAGCCGGAAGAGAGGACCUGGUUUCUCUCAGAAGGGUUGAAAGCUGCCUCCGACAGCCGAUUCUGGAUGUCCUCACAAGCGAGCUGGACAUUAUCUCCCAACUCCCUGUUGCUCCUACUGGGGUCCAGCCGUGCCAGGCCUUGCCCCAACUGUCCUCCAAAACCCUAGUAUCUGAGAGACUGGUCGAGCAGCCUGUGUUGCAUCUAGAUGUUAGAACUGAAUGUGGGUCUAAUGCCACUUCCUGGGAAAGGGAUCCUGAGGAGCGAGGAUCCACUCUUCUCUCAGAGAAUGGUCCUGUCCAGUCUCUAUUAGGGGAUAGUGUAUUGCAAGAAGGCACUGGCCAGGCUCUAGACGGUAAUCCCACUGUGAAGGAUCCUGUAAAUGUGACCCCUGUUUCCACCCCUGGAUCGUCAUUGGCUGAUAGCCUGCAGGACAGACCAUUCGAUGACGAAUUAGGACUUGGUAACUCAUGCCCACCCAUGAGGGAAAGUAAUACUAGGCAAGAAGACUUGAAAACUGAGGCUCUUGUUUCUGACAGUGUAACUCCUUGGAUGCCCAACCUUUUGAAUGACAAGGGAGUGGUGAAACAACCUGACCCCAGCUCUAGAGAAAAUACAUCAUCUGCUGAGCAACAGGUUGGAGAAGAGUGGGAGACAGCUGCUCCCCACAUACCUGCCCUGCCUGGGAGGUUGACAACCGAGGAGGGUCUAGAUCCUCCUGACAACCUUCCUGUACUCUGGGCAGUGCCAUCUCGAGGCAGCAUCUACAAACAAGUCCCAGUUGAAAAGCUUAAAAUCAAUGGUGAGUCUGAAGCACCGAGUCCUCACAGUGAAACCACAGAUACAGCUUCUGACUUUGAAGGCAGCCUCACUGAGGACAGCAGUGAGGCAGACCCUGGGGAAGCCACAGUGAACAAGAGACCCUCAGUUGUGGACAAGGAUGAAAAACAUAGUUGGAACCAGUCCAGCUCACUCUCCAAAAUGAAUGGUGGUCCGGGUCUGGUUACAAGGACAGAUGGGAUGGUUGCUCCUCAGAGCUGGGUGUCUCGUGUAUGUGCGGGCCCCCAAAAGAUCCCAGAGUCCCUGCUGCUGGCCAGUACCGAGUACCAGCCGAGGCCCGUGUGCCUGGACAGGCCCAGAUCCUUGGUGGAGGCCACUAACCCACUUGUGAUGCAGUUGCUGCAGGGUAAUUUGCCACUAGAGAAGGUUCUUCCUCCAGCCCAUGGUGGCAGCAAACCAGAAUCCCUUCAACUACCACUUAAAAAAGAGCAGAGCCCUGGUGGCCCCUUGGGGAUGGGAUCUUUGCCUGGUCCUGGAGAAGACAGCCUCACAGUUGGUAAAAGUGGCCCCAGUUCUUUGAGAGCUUUGAAGGAGCCUCUUCUGCAUGAGAUUCAUGAAGCCAGCACUGGUCUUACCAGGCUAGAGGCCACCCAGGCUCCUGGAGCACCCCAAAAGAUUUCCAAGAUAGUCCCAAGUUCAGACUCCCUACGUCCAGUGACAAGUCCGGUGGCUUCCUCUGGGAAACUGGAAGAAAUGGAUUCCAAAGAGCCAUUCUCUUCCUUUAGUUUUGAGGAUCAGAAGGAAACCCAGGACCUGUCCCAGUGCAGUAACUCCAGUGCUGCUCCAGGCAGAAGUCCAGGGACACUCACUACCUCGAGAGCCCCGAGCUUCUCAUUUCCAAAUGCCAUCUCCUUUGGUUCAGACCAAGCAAGUCGGUCUUUGGGGGAGCAGAACAGUGUGGGAGGCCAAGGGAAGAAGCUCUUUGGCUCUAGGAAUGUGGCUGCAACCCUUCAGUGCCCCAGGCCUGUGGACCCAGAACCGUUACCUGCCGAUGCCCCUUCUGUUGUUCCCAGUAGGAAGUUGGGGCCAAGCAAAAGCUCUGUGUCUGGCGGGGUGCAGACUGCAAGGGAAGACUGGGCUCCAAAGCCGACUUCUGCCUCCACUGGCAGCAUCAAGACUGAGAAGACUUUUGCAGGGGGCCCACUCAAGAUAAAUGCAGAGAACAGAAAAACUGUUGGCCAUAGUCCUCUAGAGCUGAUGGAUCAUUUGCAAGGGAUGCCCUUUGUCAUGGACCUACCCUUCUGGAAGUUACCCCGAGAGCCUGGGAAAGGGCUCAGUCAGCCUCUGGAGCCUUCUUCCAUCCCCUCCCAACUCAGCAUCAAGCAGGCAUUUUAUGGGAAGCUUUCUAAACUCCAGCUAAGUUCCACCAGCUUUAAUUAUUCCUCUAGCUCUCCCGGCUUUCCCAAAGGCCUUGCUGGAAGCGUGGUGCAGCUGAGCCACAAAGCAAACUUUGGUGCGAGCCACAGCGCAUCACUCUCCUUGCAGAUGUUCACUGACAGCAGCACAGUGGAAAGCAUCUCGCUCCAGUGUGCGUGCAGCCUGAAAGCCAUGAUCAUGUGCCAAGGCUGUGGUGCGUUCUGUCACGAUGACUGUAUUGGACCCUCAAAGCUCUGUGUAUUGUGCCUUGUGGUAAGAUAAUAAAUUAUGGCCAUGGGAAAAGUUGUAUAUUUAGUGUGUGUAUUUUGAUAAUGAUUGAUCUAAAAUCUGUAUACAGAAUAUCAUUGAUAUAAUGAUCUCUGUCUCUAGGCAAGAGCACCCUUGCCUCACCUUAAAAUUUACAGUGCUAAAGCCCCUCACUUAAUCGACCCUGUGGGGUGACCCAUUGGGCUGCCCAAGGCCAGCCAAUCCAAACUUUUACACAGACAUCUGAGCCUGAUUUAGCACGGCAGCCUGCCUGACACCCAGAGGGACUUGAAACAGAAGCAAGAAGGUUGUGCCCUCCCCCAAAGGACCCAGCCAACCUGAACUGAGCAGAAAUGUCAGUCUUCCACUGCCCACUCCCUGCCACCUUCUGCUGCUUCAUUUGGGAAAGUGGCCAGGACAGGGUUAAAGUAACUCCCAGCAUUGCCCACCAGGGGGCUGGAGCAGCUGCUGACCUCUGGGUCACAGUUCAGUCAUUUACCCGUUGUUGGAGCCAGUUUGAGCUUUGGUUCCGCUUCAGAAGCCAACUUGGAGCUUCACUAUGAUCUGCUAACCCGCAGGAUGUUUUGGAGCCUUGAAUAGACCUUCCUGGACAAUGGGGCUGGGGAACGGUGGUGUCUUUCCUCUGGCAAUGUCAUCUGUAGACCUUGAAGUCAGAUGUCCAGAAGUUUGGCAGGGGAAUUCCUUCACCUGAUACCCUCACCCUCCCUGUCACUUUGGACUUGAUGGGAGUGGGCAUCUCCACACACCUGUGUACGUGAAAGUCAUUUUACAUUUCAAAGCAGUGUGUGUUUCUUAUUUUUAUAUUUUUAACUCUAUUCUUGGAUGUAUAAAGUGAACUUUUUGGCUUCUGUAAGUAUGCUCUAUGCACCUCUAAUGUUUUAUCAUGUAUUUAUAUGUUGUACACAGUACUGGCCAAUUCUGUAAAUGGAUGUAUUGUACAGAGAACAUGAACGUCUCUUCCUUAUUUUACGUCUUCAGCAACGUUGCAUUAAAGUGGUGUCAUUUACUUAUCUA